AUGUGGGUUAUCAUAGAUAAUGGUGCAUCAUGGGAUGGAACUUAUUAUCGACACCGUAUUUUGACAGAAGAAGUAAUUCCAUUCCUUUCGAACUCCAGAAAUGUAGUAGAUCCAGCAGAAGUCGUUUAUCUUCAUGACAACGCUCCGUGUCACAAAGCAAAUGGUACUCAGCAAUUGCUCAAAAACUCUGGAAUCAAUUUCUUUGAUCGAACAGAAUGGCCAGGCAGUUCUCCAGACCUGAAUGUGUUGGAAAAUGUUGGAUCAAUUCUAAUGGACAAAGUAGAAAGUCUGAUGACCAGCGAACGCGGUCCGACAAAUUCUUCAGUCGUUUUGCUUGAACAUCUUCAAAAUGUUCUUCAUGAACUUGAAAAUGAAAAAGAACUUUUCGAAAGUCUAUUGAAAUCGUAUCCUCAGCGAUUAAAAGCUGUACGUGAAGCCAACGGCGGUCACACUAGAUAUUGA